CUGAACUAGUUCAUCUGAGACCCACCUGGACCUAGACCUAGACCUGCACCUGGAUCAUACCUGUUGACCCUGACCAACAUGGCCCGCUUCAGUCUGUCUGUGUUCGUCCUCAUGCUGGCUGCUGUCACACUGACCCAAGGUCUUCGUGGAGCUGGUCCCAAAAAAUGCUGUUUCCGCUUCAAUGAGACGCCGGUUCCCAAGGAGAAGAUUGUCGGAUACAUCAAGACCAGCCAGAUGUGCUCCAACGCCGGCGUUCUGUUGAAGACGGUGAUGGGUCGUCAGAUGUGCGUCCGACCUUCUCAUCCCUGGGUCAAGGACAUCAUCACCUACCUGGACGCCAAAGCCCUCCCAGGACAAGCAUCUCACCUGUAACCAUGGCAACACCAGUCCUAAACCUCCAUCGGGGCCUCCUGAUUGGACAGAACCCGACCAGUAAAUGUAUAACGACGCUGAUGCUUUCAAAACUAUUUCUUCUCAAACUGUUAUUAACAGGUUUAUGUUUGUAAUGUGUUUGAAAAUGAACACAACCACACAUGUUAACAUGAUGAGAAUGUUCAUAUCAACAGCAGAAUGUAACAGUAUAACAUUUAAUAAGUGAAGUAUUCUACUUUAUUUGAGAAUUUACAAACUUUAAAGACUGAAUAAAUCACAUAAAACGAUAUAUUCGUUUUAAGAUAAACAACAUUUAAAAGACAAUAUCAGUGUUUUGUUUUUUCUUUUAUCAUUGACAUUUUAAUUGAUACCACUGCCAUUUAUUUAUGUUCUAACGUACUCUUUUCUGUGUAAAAAAUGUACUUUUAAUACAACACUCGACCGCCAACACUGUGAAUGUCAAUGGUUUCAGUAACUGCAGUACCUCUGUAUUCCACAUGGUGUCAUCAGUAGACUCUUAUAAGCUAUGGGCUGCAGUGACACUUUUUAUAUGAACUGAAAAUAAAUGUUUUCAAUUUGACACAAACUUAUUUAUGUCUGCGUUGCUUAUGCUGUUAAUCUCCACAUGAUUAUACUGAAUUAAAGCUGUAAAGGUUU